AUGCCCAUCUCACAGCACACAACCUAUUGUAUGACGGGCACACAGUCAAGACAACACAAUAAUAGGCAGAAAGCAACAAGAAUGGCCUCCAAAAGGGGAGUGCCUCGCCUGGAGGCCAAGACAAACCCCUGUAUCUUUGCCUUUGGUAUGAUAGUAGCCGCUAUUAGUUCAAUAGCCCUGAUGGUCGCUGGUAUCCUUGCCACCACAUCCAUGAUCUGGCCUUAUAUAUCUGAAGCACAAGCAGACAGUCUUCACAUCAGACGUGACCCAGGGCCUGAUAACACAAUUCCUAUACCAUGCCACUCACAUAACGAUUAUUGGAGGGCCGAGCCUUUUACCUCAGCCAUUGCGACUGGCUGCAUUGGCAUCGAAGUAGAUGUUUGGAAGGUCCAGGAUGAACUCAUAGUCGGCCAUGCUAAGUCCGAACUAUCAACUGAAAGGACACUGACGUCGAUGUACAUUCGACCUCUAGUGGAAUUGCUUCAGACUCAGAAUCAAGACAGAGAUCCAAGGCUUCUGCCUCGAGGUGUAUAUGACCGCGAACCCGAUCAGACUGUGGUGUUGCUGGUGGACUUGAAGUCGAAUCCUGAUAAAUCAUGGCCACUGUUACUGGAGAAGCUGGAACCGCUUCGUCGAAAGGGAUGGUUGAGCCGUGUCAGUGAUGGCAAGUUUGUGUCAAGACCCAUCACAGUCGUGGGAACUGGUGAGACAAAGUUUCGCAUGGUGAACGAGGACAACCCUUCACGCGACGUCUUCUUUGAUGCACCGCUCAAAAAACUGGAACAAGGUUCAUACAACAACACCAACUCAUACUAUGCCAGCACCUCGUUUAAAAAGACUAUUGGGAAGGUUCGUAAGAAAGGUCUUAAGGCAAAGCAGCUGGAGAAAAUACGCUGUCAGAUCUCUCAAGCCCAUAGACGGGGUCUCAAGGUUCGAUAUUGGGGCAUUCCAACUCUGCCAUUGAACGUUCGGAGACAACUUGAGGAGCUAUUGCUUGAUGAGGGUGUCGAUGUCCUCAAUGCAGAUGAUUUGCUGGGAGCAAAACGAACUUUCGCUGAGAGGAGACGCUUGAAUGAGUGA